AUGGCUAUUAGACUUAUCGGUUGGUAUGGUCUGGUCACCAUUAUCAUCACUGGGUUGUUUGGAUUUAGAUUGUACAUCACAAUUCUUACAUUUCUCGUAACGUUUAUUGUUGGGAUUAUUACUGUUCUGUAUUUAUCUUAUGAUCACAAAAAGGUGUUCUCAGUAGACCUAGAUACUUUAGAUGACCCGUUGCAGCAAUCAAAUUUCUCUAUUCAGAUACCUAAGGUAAUAGAAUUAUUUAAAAAAGAUGAAGCUUUGCCAAAAUUCGAUAACAGAAUCACUGGAAGUGAGACAGUAGAUUCAUUUCUGAAUGAAAUAAUUACUAUAAUCAUCAAUGACUAUGUUACACCUUGGUAUGAGAUUCUGACUAACGACGAAGAGUUUACAAAUCAUGCUAUUAAACGAUUGGUGUUGGCUGCAGGUGCUAAUGUAGCUAAUAGAGUGAAAUCUGUAGAUUGGAUUCACCUUCUGUCCACACGCUUUCCUGAAGAACUGACAACACAUUUGAAAUUGUUCAAACAAUCAAGAGUGAGACUAAAACACAUAGAUCUGUCAAGUGCCAAAGAUGUUUCUAAUGGGAACUCAAAACCUAGCCCCAAGAAACAAGAUGAGAGGAAAACACACAGGAGGAAUAAAAGUGACACUGACUUAACUUGGCCACCAGAUUCUCAGACUUUCGGCAAAUCAAAAUUUUAUGAUAGUUCUGAAAACAUAUCUGGGAGAACUUUGAAGGAUAUAUUUUUUGAAUUGGAAUGCUCCUUUGAGAACAGGCAACUUUGCCGGGACAUAUUCUGUACGGAUCCCGAAAAAGAACAUGAAUUGCUAUGUGAAAUAUCAGAAGCUGUACUGUACCUGAUCGUACCAGAAGAGGCUUUUCGGUGUCAUUCAUUAAAACUAAUCCUUAUAGAAUUGCUCUCGGCCGUUGUACUGCACCCAAUUAUUAAUUUACUUAGCGAUCCCGAUAAUAUCAACAGAACUAUUAUUAGAAAUUGUUGCCGUGACUCUAGUUUGCCAUCAGAUUUGUUUCUAAUAGUCAUACGGUGUUGUGGCGACGCUGAAGAGUUGGACGCCACCUUGGAGUUAGUGCAGAAAGAUAUACAGAAAUUACAUUCUCGAGACAGUGCAGGGGAGUGGGAAUUGCAAGAUCGACAAAAACUAUCCUCACUGCAAUAUGUCGCCCGUAUUUUACAAGCGAGACGAGCUACGUUAGGUCCUCAGGAAGGUUCUUCAAGUAGCACAAGUGCUGAGAAAAUUUCAGAAGAAGUCACGAGAUCGUUGAAGUUCCUGAGAGCUAUUACGGCCUGGAGAUCGAAUGCGCAGUAUUUAUUGGAGAUUGAGUUGAAUGAAGUUGAUGCUCAACAUACAUCAAAAGCUGUCCUCGAUAAUCUACGCUCCUCCGCUCUCGAACUGUGUGAUCUCUAUCUUGCACCUACCCGACCAAGCGUGAUGGGUAUACCAGAUAAUUGUCACUCAGAACUUGUGAGAAAAAUUACAACGGAAGGCGAAGAGUUCGCAAAUAAUCCCGUAUUAUGUUUUGAUGAUGUGCAGAAAUGUGUGUGUGAUGCGUUGGAGGACGACCCAACAUGGCAAUCAGAUUUUAUGAUGGACAGCGAAGACAGUUCUGAUAAAAGCAGUGAUUGUAAAAAGGACGAAAAAGUUGAUAAAAAAUACAGUGACAAAUGCAAGAAAAUUAUGAAGUCAUGUCUCAAUCACUUGCCAAAAUUGUUCUUCAAGUCGAAAGUCAAGUAUGAUCUGCCGAACAAGUUCUCAACGUUCCCUCGCUCCCUCGCCCGAAGAGUACCAAGUAACAAGAACCACACACUACCUAAAUGCAAUGCGUUUGGUGAUUUACUACCGGUACCCGGAUCGAGACAUAACCGCUCCAGGUCAGAUAUUGUUGGCAAUUUAGCGCAAAGGAUGAUCAACGAAAGUGCAGGUUCUUCGAAUUUAUCCUCAGCUACUACAAGUAGCUUGUCAUUAUCACAUACAGAAAUUAGUCGCAAUGCGAAGAAUAUAUUGUCACCGUUAUCGGCGUGUAUCAUUGAAACUGCCCUGGUACAAGAUAAAGGGAAAACUUUCGGUAUCUACGCAAUAGCUGUGACGCGACUAUCAGACAGUGAGGUGUGGCAUAUUUACAGGAGAUAUAGCGAUUUUUACGAUCUCCAUACUUCCGUGAAAGAGAAAUGGCCAGAACUAGGGAACCUACCUUUCCCCGCUAAGAAGACGUUUCAGAACACUUCCCGUACUGUCUUAGAGAAUCGGAAGCGUAUGUUGAACAGCUACCUCCAGACUCUAGCCAGUUUGGCAAGAGACGCAAAGUAUAUGACGUUAUUAUCUCAAGAUUAUUUAGGUGGUUUCCUUAGUGCGGAGAAUCAGACUGAGAAAACUAGCAACACGAUCGACGCAUUACUGGUGAACUCAUUGAGAGCGGGUAUGAGGACGCUUAAGAAUAUGCCUGAUCAGUUUGCGAACACAGUUGAUGAAGUUAUGGACGGUAUUUCGAAAGUGUUCCAAGGUCCCUUUUUUCAGGAGAAUGAUGACAGUGUAGCUCUUAAAUUGUUUGAAGAAGUAUUGGGUAUCAGAGGAUUGUGGCUAAGGAGGCGUCUUCUAGCUCCAAUUAGGACACUGAUUGCCGACAGAGUCAAUAAGAAGGUGCUAGAAUUUGUAUCGUCGCUGACUUCUCCACGAAAUGUCGUUCAAUAUUUAAAAACUUUCAAGCAGUGGUUAACUACUCGCAAUAAUUCAAACCAUGGAAACAGGGAUGCUGCAACUAAAGCUAGAACGAGAAUUGCAGCUAAAGUAGCUUUAUUAUCUGCCUGUUCAGAUGAUUUAAGACACAUUGUAGGGUCUGAUACGGCGAGGCGAGGUUUACUGACUGUGUUCGAUCUGUUUCAAACGCAGGAGAUCAAUAGGCGCCUCAUAUUUGUACUCCUCGAGUCAAUAUUGACGAAUUUAUUUCCUGACAACCAUAUACCUGAGCUGUUCAAAAAAAUCUACUCGAAUUCUCCGCGUGUGCCUGCUAAGAAAUCUGUUAAUAUUUAA